AUGGAGACGACAGGCGCAUACGGUGGCGGAAAGGCUGGUGGAGCGUUUGACCCCCAAGCCUUCAUACAGAGACCUCCCGUAAUAGUAAGGGCGGUUUGUUGGCUCUUCAGUGUGAUUGUCAUGGGCUGCAUAUCGGCUAAAGGCUGGUACAUCAGUAAGGAAGACAAGAAAGAAUAUUGCGUUUACAACAACGACUCAAAUGCCUGCAAUUAUGGUGUGGGCAUCUCAGUGAUCGCUUUCAUCGCUGCCAUAGGCUUUAUUGUUGGAGAGUAUCUCUUUGAACAGAUGUCCUCUGUGAAAACAAGAAAGCACUAUGUAUUGGCAGAUUUGGGCUUUUCAGCUUUCUGGGCGUUCCUGUACUUCGUUGGCUUUUGCUACUUAUCCAAUGCGUGGGGCAAGACCGAGAAUCCACCAUACGGCACCGCUAACAACAUGCAAGGCGCCAUAGCCUUCUGUUUCUUCUCCAUCUUUGCUUGGGUGGGUUGCGCGUUCUUCGCCUUGCAGCGUUACCGCAUGGGCGCGGACGCGGCGUUCGCGCCCGCGUACGAGGUGGAGGGCGCGGUGGGCAGCCCGGGCGCGUUCCCCGCGUACCCGGGCGCGCCCGACCCGCAGCCCGCGUACAGCGACCCGCCGUUCUCGCAGACGCAUACCGCCGGAAACAUCGACUACACAGCUACAACUUACUAAGUUGUUUCGCGAGAACGAUUUGGUGUUUCAAUUUAUGUUAUAGCAACGCUUUCCUGCACCGAGUAAGUAAUAAUUAA